AGGAGAGAUAAAAGAACAACCACUUUCUGUCUUUCCUGCACUUUCUCCUAAACCCAACUCCUCCGUGCCAACGCUUAUCUGAGAUUUCUGGGUACCUCAGAAGUCUUGGAUUUAAGCUUGUUCUGUAGCAAAAAGAGUAUAAACAAUGCCCAAUUGGGAGCUGAAGAGUUGUUGCAAGCAUGACCAGGUCGUAUUCUUAGCGACUAUUGGAGUCUUCACCGUUGUGAUCCUCGCGCUGUGGAGGACAAUAAUACUCACACCUUUUAAGCUCAUCACGGUGUUCUUGCAUGAAGCAAGCCAUGCAAUUGCUUGCAUACUCACAUGUGGCAAGGUGGAAGGUAUCCAGGUUCACGCAAAUGAGGGUGGGGUCACACAAACACGUGGCGGUAUAUAUUGUUUGAUCUUACCUGCAGGAUAUCUAGGCUCAUCAUUUUGGGGAAUGGCUUUGAUACUCGCGUCCACGAAUCUCCUAACUGCUCGAAUUGCUGCUGGUUGUUUGGGUGUUGCUCUGCUUGUUGUUCUUUUUGUGGCAAAAAAUUGGACACUUCGAGGACUUUGUAUUGGAUUCAUUGUAUUCCUUGCUAUAAUUUGGGUUCUGCAAGAAACAACAAAAGUCCGUAUUCUUCGCUACGUUAUUCUCUUUAUUGGUGUGAUGAACAGUUUGUUUUCAGUUUACGAUAUUUAUGAUGAUUUAAUAUCUAGAAGAGUCAACUCCAGUGAUGCUGAAAAGUUUGCAGAAGUUUGCCCCUGCCCCUGUAAUGGGGUUGGAUGGGGUGUGAUAUGGGGACUGAUAUCAUUUAUCUUUCUUUCUGCGUCGGUGUACCUAGGGCUCGUCAUUUUAUCCUGAGGUUCAAACGAUUUUUUAGCCUAGUCAUCUCGUUGCGACAGGAAGCUUCAGCUAUCACUUAUUCUUUUCAGUCUCUCCAUUGAUGAAUAGUUAGUUUCACAGAAUACUGCAUUCUUUCAACCCUUUUGAUUCUGGGUUACACCUCGUGAUAGUUAUUGUAUAGGAAAGUUUGUACUGGUGUAUCAUAACAAAGGCUUAAAGGUGAUUUAAAGAAAUUGAUGUGAAUUUCCACGAGUGUAAACCCGAACCUCGAACUGAUUUAUGGGGACUGCAGAGCAAUCCUAGCUUUCUUUUUGUCCA